AUGUUGCUCGAGAUAAUAUCGCUGUUAAGUUUCCUGCUGGUGCGCCAGAAUUGCAAUGCCAUAAAAUGCUGCGCCACUGUACCGGAUUAUUACAGAGCGAACGGAAACUGCUGGGAUAAUCCGGACGCAGAGUCCACUCAAACGGAGAUCCUGCAAAGAUGGGGGGCCAAGGUUGACGAGCAUUUUUUAACUACCGACGAUGGGUAUGUGAUUUUCAUGAGCACCGCCAGUUUCAACAAAACCAAAUCCACUCCGGUUGUUUUCGGGCACGGGCAACACCAUAACGGCGAUAGUUUCGUAACUAAUUACAACAAAUCGCUGGUGUACAAUUUACUACAAGAUGGUUACGAGGUGAGUAUAAUAAAUUACAGAGGUUCGAAAUACAGUAAGGGGCAUGUGAAUUUGAGUUAUUCUGAUGAAGCUUAUUGGAAUUUCGGUUUUCACGAAAUGGCUGUUUACGACUUAAGAAAAUGUCUGGAAUUCAUCUAUAGCAGAAAUAAAGAAAAAUCCAUUUACAUCGGUUACUCGUUGGGUACUCUUAUAAGUUUCGCUUACUCUUCUACGUUUUCUGAAGAAGCCGGGGAAUAUUUGCAAGGAAUUAUCUCGUUUGGACCUUUCGCUACGUUAAGUAGAGUUCGAUCCUUGUUUAAUCCUGGUUUAGUAAUUUGGCCUGCUAUUAGGCCUUUUUUUAAGCUAGUAUUUGGAAAUUAUUUGCCUAGAGCUGAAGCAGCUUUAGAUAUCGCUUCUAAAUCUCCGCUGGGAUGGUUAUUUCUUGAGUUUAUUGAAAGAUUGCCUAUAAUUGGAAUCGAUUUAGGACAAAUCGAUCCGAGUUAUAAACCGGUACAAGUCUUUUUGUUCGAAGACAAGAUACCAAUAGGUGUUCUGGAUCAGUUAUCAGAGCUAAGGAGGUCUGGAAAAUUGAUUCAAAAGGAUUAUGGAGUUAAAAAUAUGGAAGUUUAUGGAACACCAACACCGCCUGUUUACGAUCUUUCGAAAAUAAUUGUACCUAACGCUUUAUUCGUGGGAAAAGGGGAUUUCUUGGGGGAUCCUAACGAGGCAACUUUCAUAUACGAACAAUUUACCAACGAGACUCAAUGUGGAUACGUUUUGAUAAAACUAGACGGUUGGUAUCAUGGAGAUUUCCUUUGGGCAAAGGAUGGUAUCGAGUUACUAGUUAAACCCGUUAUGGAAAAAAUAAAGCAAUUGGAGCAAAAUUCUUGCUAAAUAAUAAAUAAUAAAGCGUGGUAAUUUAGGUUCGGCUGAAAAAUGCAUUUUGCUCGGGAAAAAAAUAAUAAAUGUUCGGUUAAAAAAUUAAAAAUGCAUGGUUAAAUAAUGAAAAAUGCCUAAUAAUUAUUAAAAAAUCGCUUAUAAUAUGAUUAUAAAAAAAUUAUUAAAAAAUACAAAAUAUUCAAUUUGCAUAGUAAAUAACUCUCCUACCUCCUCCUACCCUCUGUUACUCCCAUCUUCCCUCCAAUCCCGCAUGUUGAUUUUUAACCGAACAUUUAUUAAAUUACAGUGCAGUUUAUUAAAUUUCAUUAAAUUACAUAAUUUAUUUUAUCCGAAAAUUUAUUUUCUUAU